AGAGGCGUCUAGCCUGGGCAUUAUGCACUGACAAAUCAGAACUGAAGGAGUGAGUCGUCUUGCAAUGUUUGUGCCUGCACUGAGCCCAGGUAGGCGACGCGGCGUGACCUCCGACAGAGACUCUCAAAGCUCUCUCCAAUGGGCACCACUUUACGUCACAUCUUGGCUCGCAUUGAGGCUCAUUAUUUCUUGCGAUCGCUCCACUAUCUCCGGGCACCCAUUUCUCUCCAGCUCUUGCAGGCACCCACGCCUUUCAAGAUUUUACCCUCUAACCCUUGAAUACGAUAAGGUACGACCGUGACAUUGAGCUAUUCAGCUUGUCUAUAAAUCAGGCCACAAGCCCGUUCAAAAUAGGAUGAUCGAACUUUUCCCUCAGCUCCAACCCUACUUUUACUACAAGCUCCAACAUGUCCCAGAUGCUACGAGGACGCAAUACCAGACAUGCCUCAGCCACUCGACGGGCUCAACAUACCCUGCCCACCCCCACACGCAGCUCCCGCACGCCCUUCUUGUCUCUUGACACAAACUUCAGCACUCCGGCUGACCACUAUGCUGGCAGCGCUACUCUUGCUGGGGCAUUUGAUCAGUACUUCCUUUCCCCUUUGUCACCCUAUGAUUCGUUCCGCGGCGUUUCCAGUGCGGCCAGUCGUCCAGAAAACGAUAUCUCACAAACUCGCCAAUUCGACCAUGGCAGCGGAAUGCUUCAGGGAACUAUGGGCUACGACAACUAUGGAGAGGCCGUCGCCAACACUCAUUCUGCGCCCUACUUGAGUGCCUCCGGCACCUCCAACGACCCUUCGCCCACGUCCUCCAGAAGUUAUUCCGGAGGUUCCCAAGCAGUGGCUGGACACAACCAUCUUUUUGGAGGUGAAUACUUUGACGGAGGCCACAUUGUUCUGCGAUGCAAGUGGGAAGGCUGCGACUAUACCGGAGGGUUCCGGCGCUCCCAUGACUUGAAGCGUCAUGUCUUGACACAGCAUAUCGAACCUCGCUCCCACGAGUGCCCGGAGUACGGAUGUGGCGUGUCGUUCAAUAGGCGAGACAACCUCCGCUGGCAUCUGCGACGCGUUCAUCAGCGCAACGUUCAGAACAGCUGA